GGGUCGCUGCCGCAAAACCCGACGGGGAAGAAGGAAGCCGGUGCAAAAACGCGUUGGAAUUUGGGCACCGCGGCAGCCCGUAGCCGGCUUUCCCAACAUGGCGUUUCCCCAAGACGUCCACGUCAGGAUCUGUAACCAAGAGAUUGUCAAAUUCGACCUGGAGGUGAAGGCGCUUAUCCAGGAUAUUGGAGAUUGUUCAGGGCCAUUAAGUGCACUUACCGAACUGAAUACUAAAGUGAAAGAGAAGUUUCAACAGUUGCGGCACAGAAUACAGGAGCUUGAGCAGUCGGCUAAAGAGCAAGACAAAGAGUCUGAGAAGCAAGUUCUGCUCCAGGAAGUGGAGAAUCACAAAAAGCAGAUGCUCAGCAAUCAGACCUCAUGGAGGAAGGCAAAUCUCACUUGCAAAAUUGCUAUUGACAACCUAGAGAAAGCAGAACUUCUCCAGGGAGGAGACCUCUUCAGGCAAAGGAAAACCGCCAAAGAGAGCCUGGCCCAGACGUCCAGUGCUAUCACAGAGAGCCUCAUGGGGAUCAGCAGGAUGAUGUCCCAGCAGGUCCAGCAGAGCGAGGAAGCCAUGCAGACGCUGGUUAAUUCUUCACGGACUAUCCUGGAUGCAAAUGAAGAAUUCAAGUCCAUGUCGGGGACCAUCCAGUUGGGACGGAAGCUCAUCACAAAAUAUAAUCGCCGAGAGCUGACUGACAAGCUUCUCAUUUUCCUUGCGCUCGCCCUCUUUCUUGCUACGGUUCUCUAUAUUGUGAAAAAGCGGCUCUUUCCGUUUUUGUAAGAUCUGAGAGCUGCCAGCUUUUGCCCUUUGAGUUCCAGUGUCAGGAUCCAGCCACACUCCUGAGCUCUGGCCCCGGCCACCAGACUGAUCCACGCCCCCCAGUCUGCUCCAGUCGCUCAGCAGGUCCGAUGGAGACACAGCCCCGCCUCCCGGAGCUUCUGCAGGUGGCUGGCGUGUAAGGGGCGAACAGAGCAAGGGGAGGAAGGCCUGUCAUCGGGACACCUGCAGAGACAAAGGGACUCCAAGAGCUGUCCCACACUGUGGGUGGCUGCCACUUGAGGCACUCGGGCUGGCCUCCAGGAUUUGAUGCCCCUCUUGGGUCCCCCUCCCCCACUGCAGCCUUAAUGCCAGAUCUGGAGGAGGGAAGAGAAAAGGGGGAGAAAGAGGAGGAUGGAAACUCACGUCCAUUCCUUGAAUAAAGUUGACUAAAUUUUUUUUUUAUUUAAAAAAAUGUAUUUAUUUAUUUUUGGC